AUGAGCCUGCUCCUGCUGCCGCUAGCGGCCCUGCUCCUCCAGGCCGACUCCUACUUCUCCGAGGAGAAGUAUCCGGAGGAGUCGAAGGUGCAGCCUCCCACCGUGGUGAUCGCGAUCAUCGCCCGCAACGCCGCUCACUCGCUGCCCUUCUACCUCGGAGCCCUGGACAGACUCAACUAUCCCAAGGAGCGCAUCUCCGUGUGGGCGGCCACGGAUCACAACACCGACAACACCACAGCCAUGUUGAAAGAGUGGCUCACGUACACGCAGAAGUUUUACCACUACGUCGAGUGGAGACCCAUGGAUCAGCCCACGUCCUAUGCAGGAGAAAUGGGUCCUAAGCACUGGCCCAACAGCAGAUACGAGUACGUAAUGAAGCUGAAGCAGGCGGCACUGAACUUUGCCCGGAAGCGCUGGGCCGACUACAUCCUGUACGCUGACACUGACAACAUCCUCACCAACCCAGAGACACUCAACCUGAUGAUCGCAGAGAACAAGUCGGUCAUCGCUCCCAUGCUGGACUCUCAGGGAGCCUACUCCAACUACUGGUGUGGCAUCACUCCGCAGGGAUACUAUCGCCGAACAGCCGAGUAUUUCCCCACCCGUCAGCGUCACAGACUGGGCUGCUACCCGGUGCCCAUGGUCCACUCCACCACGCUGCUGGAUCUGAGGAAGGAGGGCAUGAAGAAGCUGGCGUUCUUCCCUCCUCACCAGGACUACUCGUGGCCCUACGACGACAUCAUCGUGUUUGCCUUCUCCUGUCGAGCUGAAGAGAUACAGAUGUACCUGUGCAACAAGGAGCGCUACGGCUAUCUGAACGUCCCGGCCAAACCUCACCAAACCCUGGAGGACGAUCGCCUCAACUUUGUCCACGUCCACCUGGAGUCCAUGAUUGAUGGUCCUCCGAUGAAACCGUCUCGCUUUGUCCACAUGUUCCCCAAACAGAGAGACCUCAUGGGCUUUGAUGAGAUAUACCUGAUAAAUCUGCGGCGCCGUCAGGACCGCAGAGACCGGAUGCUGUUCUCGCUGAACGAGCUGGAGAUCGACGUCAAGGUGGUGGAUGCUGUGGAUGGAAAUGCACUGAACAGCAGUGACAUUAAGAUCCUGGGUGUUGACCUGCUACCGGGUUACUACGACCCGUUCUCCGGACGCACCCUGACCAAAGGAGAGGUGGGCUGCUUCCUCAGCCACUACUUCAUCUGGAAGGAGAUGGUGGACGAGCAGAUGGACAAGGCGCUCGUCCUCGAAGACGAUGUCCGUUUCCAGGCCAACUUCAAGCGACGGGUCCUCAAACUGUUGGAGGAGGUGAAGCAGGUGGAGCUGGACUGGGACAUCAUAUACUUCGGCAGGAAGCAGGUGAAUCCUGGGAGCGAGAAGGAGGUGGAGAACGUCCAUAACCUGGUGUACGCCGACUACUCCUACUGGACUCUAUCUUAUGCCAUCUCCCUGCAAGGAGCCCAGAAACUGGUCAACGCGGAACCGCUUUCCAAGAUGCUGCCUGUGGAUGAGUUCCUCCCCAUCAUGUAUGACAAGCAUCCCAAUAAGGUCUACAAGUCCAAUUUCCCCAACAGGAACCUACAAGCCUUCAGCACACGCCCCCUGGUGGUCCAGCCGUGCCACUACGCCGGGGAUCCCGACUGGGUGAGCGACACGGAGACGUCCACGCUGUGGGAUGAUGACUCCGUGCGCACGGAUUGGAGGGGCUCCCACAAGACCCUGAAAGGGGCGGCGGCCGCCCCCGGGAUGCUGUCAGCUGCCUACAAGGAUGAACUCUAGUGCGGAGCUGACGUGGCUGUGCAGAAAGUCGAGGUCAGGAGGUCAGAGGGUCAGAUGCCGGGAGGAAGGAACUACACCCAGACUUUAUUACGAGUCGACUCUGUGCUCUUUGUCAUUUCACCUGGACUUUGACCUUCUCAAAGCGUGUAAGCGAGUGUACGGCACAGGAGGAUUCUUUUCAUAUAACGAUGGGUGUUUGCAUCUCAGCAAAUCAGAUGCUUGAACUUGCACAACCGAUUUCUCUCGAACAAUCCGCCCUUUAGAUAUUUUUUACUUUACUCAGAAGAUACAUUUUUUAUAUUCUGAGCGUUUAAGCAGUUGUAUGGCUAAGAAUAGCAUUAUUAUUAGCAUUUUUACUUGAAUGUGUUCCUGUGUGUUUGUCAUGAUGCAUGUUCUUAAUACUAAUUACAGACAUUUUAUAACAGGAGAAGCGUUUUUUACAAGACUGUGGCUCCAGUAGCUGCACUGUUCACAACCUCUGGCAAGUCUGGACCAAAGUCUGAUACUGUCAUCGCUAUGAUGUCUCCUCUGUCUGUUUACUCUUUUCUCCAUUUCGCCAUAUCUUCUUAUUUGGGACAGUCGAAUGCAAACGUGGAUUGAUUGAUCCUAUUGAAUUUAUCCCGUUGGCUUCAUGUGACUGUGUCAUUGGUACAGACUAUAUGCAGGAAGUAUUAAGUUUGUGAAGCCAACACAUUGAAUGUUUGCAUUUGUAUAAUCUAAGCUUUUAAAUAAUGUGUAUUUUUGAUAUCAAGUCAUUGCUGCAUCUUCUUUUUUUAAAGUGUGAACUAGCCCAAACGUAUCGUAGCAGCUGUCUCAUGAAGCCAUCUUGAAACGCAGCCUAUAAUAACUUUGUCGUAGCAUCACUUGGAUCCUCUUCAAUCCAGGAAUGUGUUGACACUCGGUGGCGUGUAAUGCUGAUGUGCCUCGUGGAUUUAAAUUACAGCAACCAAGUACAUUCAUGUUUUUGCAUUUCCGAUGAUCUGAUUUCACGUGUUCAUUAGUCUGUCGGUGUGCGUAUGUUACUCCUCCUGCAUUUGUCUUAAUUUAUUUAUUGAGCUCUUCUGACGUGGUCGACAGACGAGUCGCUUAACUUUAUGAACGUGUCACCAAAGUGGAAUGUCGUUUCUACCAAAGGCCCCUCUCUCUGUUGUUGAGCUCUACAAUUGUAUAUUCAGACUUUAUAAAGAUAGGAUGUGAUGAAAUGUGUAAAGCAACUUUUUUAAUGUUAAUAAAAGUGAGAUUUUGCACAUUCUCUCGUCA